AUGAAAACUGAUUCAAUUGUCUCGAAUUCCAAAAGCAUGAACGGCAAAGAAAAAAAGAGUAAUUCACUUGCUCAAAGAAAUGCUAAUAAAGAAAUUGAUUUUCCAAGUUCCUUCCAUCGUUCUUCUGAAGGCUUGCCGUCACUCCCUACUUUUCGUAAAUACCCUUGCAAAAUUCCGUUAUCCUCUCGAACGGAUUACGAUUACAGGAACAGAACAGGUCCACCGUACGAGGCGCAAAUCCUGAUGUACCGGCAACGACCCACUUCGUCGUCAUCAUCAUCAGCUAGCCAUCCGAUGUACGGACCUUCCAUAUACCCAAUGAUCGGUCAACCCGCUCACACCGAAGUCCCUCCUGCACCCCGCACCUCCUCUUUCCACCAGACCUCUUCUCCUUCCUCUUCCUCUAAGUCUGGAUUGGGUAUUAGGGUUUCUUUGAAACCAGAAUAUCGGAUUACUCCUCCGCCUCAGUUGUCGCCGCAAGUUGGGGAUAUUCCUCGAAGCGAUUUCCAGCUUGAUUUCGAGUUUGAGAGGAAAAUCUUGGCUGAAGCAGACAAGGAAGGCAUGAAUUGGAGCAGGCUUGGCUUGGAUAGCCUUCCUUCUAAACCUACCCAAUCAACUUCUUCACCGGGUGCAAAUUCAGAUCCUAUAGUGACCAAAUACAUUGCCUCUGGACUCAAUGGAGACGCUGUUACGGUUGCAGUUGCAAAUUAUGGAGACAAUCCGGCCAAGGUUCGGGAAUUUGUUAAUGGUUACAACCUACUGCGAGAAAUGGGAUUCACAUUAAAUAAUGUUGCUGAAGCCUUACUCAUGUAUGACAAUGACACCGACAAGGCAUUGGCCCGUUUCCUUAACAGCUCAUCAUGAAGAUGAUAUAAACUAAAUAGUUUC